AUGGCCACCGGUUCCCACCAAAUGGAUUCAACGAAUUCAAAGCCAGAACCUACAGUAUCGCAGCCUCAGGUCUUCCCACGCGGUGAACAACAGUCAAAUGUAGUUCAGUCUUUCUUGGUUCAUGGUGAUCACGUCGUGUUGUUGGCCACUGCGCAGGUUUUGCUCGCUGAUCAUCAGGGCAACCUACAUAAAUGCAGAGCUUUGUGUGAUAUGGGAUCUCAGGUGAGCUUUUUAUCAGAAUCUAUGUUUCAUCGUUUGAAUCUUCGUAGAAGACGCUGUGUCAUGACUAUUGAAGGCGUCGGCCAAAACUCAACGUACACUAAGGCCAUUACCACCCUUAACCUGCGUUCGAGGAUUGGUGAAGGGGUCGACAUUAGUUUCAACGCUUACAUUUUGAAUUCGAUCACUUCAUCGACACCAGCGAUUCCUGUAAACAAAGCCGCCUAUGAGUACUUAAGUGGUCUACAACUGGCUGACCCUACAUUUGGUUUACCGGGGUGCAUCGAUUUGCUUAUCGGUGCUGAUAUUUGGAGCACCAUCCUCCAAGAUGGAGUGGUAUCAGGAGGCUGUGAUAAACCAUGUGCAUUGCGUACUCGACUCGGGUGGAUUGUGUUGGGCCCGACUAAUGCCCAAUCGCACGAAUCCAAGCCUCAGUCCUUAAGUACCAAAUUGAAAGACCAUGAUCUUGAUGAGCUUCUUCGAAAAUUUUGGGAUGCGGAAGAACCACCUGAAGGCAGCUAUGUGGAGGACUGCGAGCAAAUAUUCAUGGACACGUUUUCGAGGAAUCCCGAUGGUUGA